ACUAGAUAUAAUACUAUUGUGCUGUGAAUUUUGGCCUUCCUAGUCUAUAUGUCAUCAAAUUAUAUGAGACGUUGACGCACAACAGCAUCCAUGGAAAUUGACACGAGUGAGCAUUCAAGUUCAAAGUAAGCAUCAGAUCUAAAAACACAGGCGAAACCCCUUUGCAGGCCAUUCCAUGUAGUAUAUCGCUUACCAAGUGUUAUGCUUAGCAUUUGAUGCUACGAGAGUGUGAUGGUCAUUGACAUCUGCUGCUGCUCAGAUUUGAAAUCUGCUGUGUCUCUUCUCUUCUCUUCUCUUCUCUUCAGUCUGCGAACAAGAGGGGCACAUGGCAACAGCAGCUGUUGAAACAAUGCAGGAGCAAUCCAACAUGAUUGGUAUGAUAAAACAUGCUGCUAUUUCUCAGAAAAGGGGGCGGGAAGAUGAACUUGGAGCUGGAACAGGGGCAGAUAAGAAAUGGCCAGGAUGGCCUGGGGACAAUGUGUUUCGGCUACUUGUUCCUGUUCAGAAAGUAGGUGGAAUCAUUGGUCGUAAGGGAGAAUUUGUGAAGAAAAUGUGUGAAGAGACCAGAUCACGUAUUAAGAUUCUUGAAGGAAUUCCAGGCACUCACGAACGCACUGUUAUGGUUUCCGCAAAAGAAGAACCUGAAGCAGCGAUUUCUCCAGCCAUGGAUGGGAUACUCAAGGUUCACCAGCGAAUUAUUGAAGGAGAUGCCAUGGGUGAAUUUAGUCGAGGUCAACAGGCUAUCAAUGGGAUGAUCUCAACUCGAUUGCUUGUAGCUGCAACACAGGCUGGUAGUUUAAUUGGAAGGCAGGGGGCAACAAUAAAAGCAAUUCAAGAAAGUUCUGGGGCCAUUGUUCGUGUUUUAACACCAGAUGAUCUACCAUUAUGUUCAUUAACAGACGACAGAUUAGUCGAAGUACAAGGGGAAGCUGGGAAUGUCCACAAGGCACUUGAGUCAAUUGUGUCUCAUCUUAGAAGGUUUUUAGUUGAUCGCAGUGUUCUUCCUCUCUUUGAGUUGAAUAGGACAAUGGCAAAUCAGCCUCAGAUUGAAGAUAACGUACCACAUCAUUCAUGGGGACUUGGUCAGAGCAGCUCCUUGUCCAGUAGUGGUGGCAGUGGACUGGGAAAUGCUUAUCAAUAUUUGCCUUCUUCUCUCCAUCAUGAAAGUUAUUAUCCUUCCUCUGAUCUUCCUCCUCUGGAUUCUCAGUCUCAUCAUGGAUUAUCUGUGUAUGGUAGAGAUCCAUCCCUUGGGGGAAGUGUUGUUGGAAACCCACCACCAGCAGCUGUUAUUACACAGGUCACUCAGCACAUGCAAAUUCCACUUUCAUAUGCAGAUGCAAUCAUUGGCACAGCUGGUUCCAAUAUUAGCUACAUGCGCAGGACCAGUGGAGCAACAAUAGCUAUCCAAGAAAGUAAGGGAGUUCCUGGUGAAAUGGCAGUUGAAAUACAUGGAACUGCUACACAAGUCCAAACUGCCCAACAAUUGAUACAGAACUAUAUGGCGGGAGCUCCGGGACCACCAGCAAACACAUACAAUUCAGUUGAGUCAGAAUAUAAUUCUUAUCCUACACAAAAUACCACGUACUCUUCACCCCAACCAAAUAAUGGUCAUAUUGGUCAUUCAACGGGAGGUAACUAUAACAGUGCUGGAGGUAACUACAAUGGUGCAGGUUAUGGGUCGCACUAUAACAGUAAUUAUGGUUAUUAGAUGCACUUUCAUUGCUAACGUGAUUGGGUUGGCAAUGCAACUGGUGUGGAUCCUUGAAAGGCUGCAAGUCACAAUGAUCGAUGAACUUGAGUCGACAAACUUGACUAUUUUGUAUGUUUGCAUGUAUUGGUCAGCAUGGCCUUGGCCAUUCAGUUCUUGUCUGAUAUAAUAUUUAUUCUAGUAAGGUUCAGUUUUCCAUAUCCAGUUGUACUGUGCCAGGGCCAUAGAUGAUGACUUGAUGACUUAUUGGAUUGUUGUUUGUAUUAUUGUAUAUUAUGUGGCACAAGAUGCAUAUUUUCAAGAUGAAAUAAGCUUCUCUAAUAAUUAGCUUCA